AUGAAGGGUGAAGCAAUGAAGUUUCAUCUUUUGAUCUUCAUGAUGGUAUUCUUAGUUACUCUUGCUUCUGCUGCUUCAUUCCCUUCAGUCAUCAUUGUUGGAGCUGGAAUGUCCGGAAUUUCAGCAGCUAAGAAACUGUAUGAUGAAGGCAUCAAGGACUUUAUCAUUUUGGAAGCAACCGAUAGGAUUGGUGGUAGGAUUCACAAGACUGAAUUUGGAGGCCAUAUUGUUGAGAAGGGAGCAAAUUGGCUUCACGGCGCAGAAGGUCCCCUUAAGAAUCCCAUGUAUGAGAUCGCCAAGCAAAUCAAGCUUAAGUCUUUUUACUCGGACUUCAGCAUUGUCUCAUAUAACACCUACAAGCAAGAGGGUGGACUGUAUUCAAAAGUCGAGGUGGAUGCAGCAUUAGACAUGGCAGAGAGUAAUGAAGAGUAUGCAGAAGAGAUAUCAGAAAGGUUUAGUGUUGAGAAAGGGAAAGAUGAUGAUAUGUCUCUUUUGGCAGCUGAACGUCUUAAUAGAAGGUACCCAAAACACCUUGAAAAGAUGAUUGACUUCUACUCUUUCGACGGCGAGCAAGCAGAGGCACCUAGGGUAACAAGUCUUAAGCAUAUAAUUCCAAGGCCAGAGUUUAGUCUAUUUGGUGAGGGUGAGUACUUCGUAGCUGACUCUAGAGGAUUCGAGAGCAUUGUUCAUGAAAUUGCCAAAACUUACCUCACCUACACCAAUGAUACUGUCAAUGACCCUCGGCUCAUCUUUAAACAGGUUGUGAAAGAGGUUGAUUACUCAAAGAGUGGACUAGUGACAUCACAAACAGAAGACGGCAAUGUAUACACAGGCCAAGCUGUCAUUCUAUCUCCGAGUAUUGGUGUUCUCCAAAGCGAUCUUAUCUCUUUUAAACCAGAAUUACCCGUAAGUAUUCUAUCUUUAGCUAAGUAA